AUGGAUUUCAUCAAGACCAGUUCCCUGCGUGCUCUGAUUGAGUUAACUUUCCAACGCAACUGGAACGGCCUAAUUUGGAUGAGUAGAAAAGGAGUUACAACCAAAAGAGUGAAGACUGCUCCAGACGGCUCUAUCGAGAACAGCGCCCAACCGCGCAGUCCGGCUGGCCGAGAAACGAACGUUUCACGCUCGGCCAGAAUCUCACCCGUCCGUCUGAAGUCUCGGCCAAAGUCUAAAACUGAUGCGAUCAUGGACAAGGAGGUUCAGGAAGAUCAGCCUUUGGCCGAGAAAGAAGAUGGAAUGGAGCAGCUAGUGGCCGAGGAGAGACUUGAAGCAGAGCAGCUUGUUCCUGAGGAGAGCUUAGCCAUUCCAACUUUCCCAAUCACUCGUUCAAGAACUAAGGCACUAAACCAAGCAAUUGGCAAAGUCCUUAGCACCUUGAACCAACAAGAAGCCAAGCCAACUCCUCUAGUUUGCUUGAAGACCUUAACAAUGGGAUAA